GGCAGGAAGGUCCGAGGAGUGGCGGAGGGGGCGCGGGAGGUGAUGGAGGGUGGUCGGCGAGCGGCGCUCCUCGUCCCUUUGGAAAGCUCUGUCUGCUCCUGCCCCUUUAAGGCUGCUCCAGCUGUUCCCUGACCAGGCAGAGAGAAAGCAGCGUUUCGGAGCAGAGGCAGGCACAGAGCUGAGAAAAGCUGCGAGGAGGAAGAAGCCGGUGCAUCCAGCUCCCGAAAUUAGGCUGGCCUCUUUGCUUCCCACCCGCAACUCCCUGCUUUUGCGCACCGAACCCAAGACGGACUGCAGGAGCUAUGGAUGUCCUGUCUGCUUGACCUGAUAGGGUACCUGAUCUCCGCCUUGAAUUCCAAACUGGGUGGCCAGUGUAGUGUUUUUCAACCCCCCUUCUUCCUUUUCUCCUCUCUGCGAGAAGUUUGCAAAGGAGACGGGAGGGGGGAGCCAGCUCGCCUGACUCGAUCUCGAAGUUAGAGAGGGAUAUGCGAAGCAGGAGAAGCCCAUCCGCUCCUUCCUGAGCCACCUUGGCAGGAACUGAAGGGUUAAGCCGUCCAGCAGAGAUGCUCUCCCAUCAGGACCAAGGCUGGGUCCCCAAAAGCGCUUGGGGAUUCUUAUGCGUUUGGGAUUGAAGGGGUCAAGAACUGUCCUCUUUUGAUUCCCUCCCCCCCCUCCUCCUCCUCCUGAGCUUUUGCCACACGGGAAGAAGGGCCCGGGAUCUAACCCAGGAUGAAGGGGAUCUUGUACAUUUUCACGCUGAUCCUGACAGAAGGGAUGACCGAUGUGGUCAGCUCGGCCCGGGACUGCCUGCAGGCUGGCGAAUCCUGCACCAAUGACCCCAGCUGCAGCUCCAAAUUCCGGACCCUCCGGCAAUGCAUCGCUGGCAACGGCGCCAACAAGCUGGGUCCGGACGCUAAGAGCCAGUGUCAGAACACAGUGACAGCCCUUCUGUCCAGCCAGCUCUAUGGCUGCAAGUGCAAACGGGGCAUGAAGAAGGAGAAGCACUGUCUCAGCGUCUACUGGAGCAUCCACCACACCUUGAUGGAAGGCAUGAACGUCAUGGAGAGUUCCCCUUACGAACCCUUUGUGAGGGGCUUUGACUACGUCCGAUUGGCUUCCAUCACUGCAGGCUCCGAGAACGAGGUCACCCAGGUGAAUCGCUGCUUGGAUGCUGCCAAGGCCUGCAACGUGGACGAGGUUUGCCAGCGCCUUCGGACCGAGUACGUCUCCUCCUGCAUCCGCCGCACAGCCCGGGCGGACACUUGCAACCGCUCCAAGUGCCACAAGGCCUUGCGGAAGUUCUUUGACCGCGUCCCCCCCGAGUACACACACGAGCUGCUCUUCUGCCCCUGCGACGACACGGCCUGCGCGGAGAGGCGCAGGCAGACCAUCGUGCCCACCUGCUCCUAUGAGGCCAAGGAGAGACCCAACUGCUUGGCGCCCCUCGACUCCUGCCGGGUGAACUACGUCUGCAGAUCCCGUUACGCUGAGUUCCAGUUCAACUGCCAAUCCUCAGCGCAGUCUGCGACAGGGUGCCAGAGGGAAAAUUACGCUGCCUGUCUGCUGGCCUAUACUGGGAUCAUAGGUAGUCCCAUCACCCCAAACUACAUUGACAACUCGACUUCAAACAUUGCACCCUGGUGUACGUGCAACGCUAGCGGGAACAGGCAGGAGGAAUGCGAGAACUUCCUACACCUCUUCACAAAGAAUCUCUGCCUCCAGAAUGCCAUCCAGGCCUUUGGCAACGGGACGUACCUGAGCGCCGCCCUGGGCUCCUCCACCCCUCCCACGACGCAGAUGCGCAAGCAGGAGAGGAACGCCAACAAGGCAGCAGCUACCCUCAGAGAGAACAUCUUCGAACAGCUACAGCCCACCAAGGUAUCUGCAGAGGAGAAGCUUCUACAAGAUGCUACCCACCUAGCUUCUGACGGCUCCAGCUCAGCGCUGUCACUGGCCAUGAACGGCUGGUUGGUGAUGUGGUGUUCCACUUCUACCAGUACAUUCCUCCUGGCGUCCAUGUGAAUUGGAGCGCGCCCACACUCAAGCGCCCUGACCGGACUGCUCUCCGUUUGUUUGUUUUCGAAUCGGGGAGCUGGGGCAAAAGGCCUCGCCAGCUCCUGGCUCUCUCCCUCUUCAAGGUUAUUGGGAGGAAAGGAAAGACACUCAUCUCAUCAGCUUGUUUGUCGACACCUUUCUGGUGAGCCACAAUGUGUUCAUCUGUGGAAGGACCCAGAAAUCAGUCCCUGCAAGGAAGCGUGUGAUCCAUCAUGGGUUACAGCAAGGACUAAUUCACAUUAGCUUCUUUUGCCCCCCAUAUUUAGCAGGUCAGUAAAAGUUGCCUGCUUUGGUAGGCUGAAACAGUCUUAGGAACAUCCCCAGCACACUAGGAUUUUGUUGCCAUCUUGGAAAACCUUCCAAGAAUGGGUUGAAGUAGGCUAUCGUCCCAACUUCUCCAUGUGUUGAGUCAAAGAACUGGACUGCUUCAUCAUGCCAAUACUCCCAUCUUGCGGUAGUGACACCACCCAAUCUCCAUAUUUUUUUUAAGGAGGGGAGGGGGAGGGAAGAACUGAGCGCUUUGUCCUUGAGACCUGGGUCUCCAGACUCAGAAUGAGACAGACAAGUCUGGGUAUCUUGACUCUCUCCUUGGCCACAAUUUUUGGGUGGGAAAUGGGGUCUAUAAUCUGUUGAGCAGAGGGCUUUGGUUUGAAAAUCCAUGCUUGUUUGGAGCUUCACGAGGAGAGUUUAGACAGGACCAGCAGGACUGAACUUCUGAACCACCCAUUCUUACCAGCAAGGCAUUGACUUGGUUCCAGCACAGCACCUCGAAGGAUAAAACCACACCUCACCUGAUACUCUACAAGACAGCAAUUGUAGGUGUACCUGGAAUCUUCUCAUGCAACUGGUGUGUGUUUCUUCAGCCUGGAUGGUCCUUCUAGACACUUGUAUUGAAGGCUGAUUCAUGCUGCUGAUUCACUGAAAUCCCGACGCAAUCCACUGAGUUAUAUUUGAGAGACUCCCUUACUUUCCUCGGUGAUUUUCAAAGGACAGUUUGGUACUUACCGCAGAAAACCCAUCCCUGUAAUUUGGUCCAGGAAAGAGACUGCAGGACAGAAGUCUUAAAAAUGUUAAUCUCAAACAUUUCAAUCAUCUGGCAUUUUGAGAUCCCCAAACAACACAUCUUGCACAUCCAAACAUUUGCUGCCGGAAAACAGAAACCACUGGGAUCGGAGGCAGAAUGUCACCUUCAGGACUGAUGUCCAGAUGCACAAAUUGACCACUCAGCCAAACGUUUGAAUUAUAUCUUCUCAGAGAAGGACUGUUUUGGGUUGUGAGUGGAUGUAAUGGAUAUUCCAUCUGCGGCGGGUUCUGAUCAGCAAUGGCUGAUCCACAGGUUCAAGGGAACAUUUAUAGCAAGCGAUGGUCCUGAGAGUGUCAACUGGGUCUAUGGGGGUGGGAAUUACUCCUUCCACCAUCCCAACUUGCCUAGCAAUGCGUUACAUCUCCCAUUCAUGGUCACGGCUCAUGUGGGUCAACCAUAGUUAGAUUAUGACACAAUACUUUGACCCCAGUUCAAGAUGGAGGUCAGCCCCCAUGGAGAGCAUUCUGAUCAAGGGACUGCAAGGCCCUGAACCUUGUAUUGAACUGUGGCCUCCCUCUUCUUGUGCAAAGGAUUAUUUUUUAAGAAAACACACACAGAAAUUGACCUACCUACAUUCCAAAGCUCUCCAGGGCUCAACAUGCAGGCGUUUGUUCUUACGGAAGGGAAAUGCUUUCCUCUUCAUGCGUGCAUCAGAAUUCCGGCAUGCCCAGCAAACUUGUUGGGUGGUGCACAUGAGCACACAAAUUUGGCAAAGUUAGAAAAGGCAGGGAUGAUCAGCUUGGGGGGAGUGAAAGAGGGAGCUCAUUCCAGUACAUUAACAUCCCACCCACCUACAAAGCAACUUAGAGGUAUCUUCAUCUAUAUUGGCCACUAGCUGGUUCCUUGAUUCCCGGCCCAGAGAUGGAUUUAGGGGCAGCGCAACUGGUUAUGCCACACUGGGCACCAAGCCUAGGGGGGCUGCAGACCAUCACAACUAUAAUGUAGUGAACUAAGCAGGGCAAAAGCUCAAAGAGGCAGGGGGCACCCAAUUUUGGCCUCGCAAAGGGCACCACUGAAGUUUGAAAAGCCAAAGUCUGCCCUGCCUGGUUCUCUGAACUAGAACUGCAUUUCUAUAGACUGGUUCUGCCCGAAGGAUAUUUCUGCCCCUUGCCAUCUGAGACACGCAUCCUAAAGAUAUUCUGCAGCUGGGAUGAGGAACCUCAGGUCCAGAAGACAGCCUACCGCACAAACACAAAAUUCGCAAUUGUUGCGUCACUCAUUCUUGCCCCUCUGGUCCCACCUGCCACUGGUAUGUGGCCCUCCAGAAUGCCAUGUGGCCCUUGAAUGGAAAGAGAUCCGCCAGCCAUGUUCUGCAGCAUUGCAGAGCAGUGUUUGCAACCCCUCCUUUGCAACAUCGGCAGGUGAUUCUUUGCUGCACCGGUGGCUUUUAUCUCGUGUUUUUAUCCCACGAACCACCCUGAGAUCUUUUGACGAAGGGUCGUAUAUAAAUACGAUAAAUAAAUAAAAUAAGUAAAUAAUAAAGGUUGGUGUUUGCUCAGUUCACACACCCCGGAAAUAGCUUAGAUCAGGCAUCCCCAACCUUUGGCCCUCCAGAUGUUUUGGACUACAGUUCCCAUCAUCCCUGACCAUUGGUCCUGUUAGCUAGGGAUCAUGGGAGUUGUAGUCCAAAACAUCUGGAGGGCCACAGGUUGGGGAUGCCUGGCCUAGAUGUUUCAGGUGACCAUUUGGUCACUUGGUUCAGCUUGCCCUUCUGAGGACACUGCAAACAUUUCAAGUCCUUUGGCAGUGACGGAUGCUUUUCACAUUAAGGCAGAAGGUAACUGAUGGAACCCACUGACUCAGAGCUCCUGGUUUUCUUUGUUCAGACACAUCAAAUGUUCACCUGACAUGCUGCACAUUUUCCUGGCUGCAAAACAGAGGCGGAGGGCUUGGCAUUUUUUUAGCACUUGGUCGCCAAAGUGGUGGAAAGAAAAUCUGGGGAGAGCACUGAAAUCCCAAAAGAGGAUCUCAGACUUCCGAGUCUGCUAGCAAAUUUUGGAAAAUCACUAGAAUUUAAGUAUUUUAGAAAGGGGGGCAAGUAGUACAAAAGAACCUGAUGGUUAUCAUCACCAGCAUGAAGUAGUAUCUUCUGGCUGGAGAAAUAUGUGGAAAGGGGAGAAGGUUUAAAAAGCAGAUGGCCGCAACCGAUAUAAACUCAUAUUUCCAUUGGCAGUCGUCGAGUUGAUUUGCAGAUUAUUUUUCUGGAAUGUGAUGGGUGCCUAGCUGUUAUUUAUCCUAAGAGACAAAACUUAGCUGUGUCCCUUCCAACUCUACAAUGCUAUGGUUUUAUUAUUCCCUACCCCUGCCCUGCCCCCAGUUUUCAUGAUGGAAAAACUUACAGCAGAGCCUGAGAAAUCCCAGAAUGAACCUAAAGAGGUUUGGCAGAGGAGAAUUCAGGCAUCUUUGCACAUUCCCUUGCCCCUUGAGGGUUUAGAACAUCUUUGCCACCCUGUUUCCAAAUCUAGCUUUGCCCACCAGGCGUAAACCAAGUUGAAUCGCUACUCUCCAAGUUCAAACCAACGUAGCUCCAUUGACUGGAAUAGGAGAAAAGCGAUCCAUAAUUCCACCAAUCCUAUUUGUCUUCUGGAUGACGCCUCAUGAGAGCUAGAAACCUGCAAUCUAAAACAAAUAGCAAAGCCAAUGAUUUGGGAGCGAGGGGAGGCGUUGCCAGCUGCAGCUGCGGGUCAAAACAUCUGGAGGGCAGCAGGUUGGGGAAGGCUUUUGUAGGAUCAUAAGAGGGCCCUAUGGGAUGCGGGUGGCGCUGUGGGUUAAACCACAGAGCCUAGGACUUGCCGAUCAGAAGGUUGGCGGUUCAAAUCCCCGUGACGGGGUGAGCUCCCAUUGUUUGCUCCCAGCUCCUGCCAACCUAGCAGUUCGAAAGCACGUCAAGUGCAAGUAGAUAAAUAGGUACCGCUCCGGCGGGAAGGUAACCGGCGUUUCCGUGCGCUGCUCUGGUUCGCCAGAAGCGGCUUAGUCAUGCUGGCCACAUGACCCGGAAGCUGUAUGCCGGCUCCCUCAGCCAAUAAAGCGAGAUGAGUGCCGCAACCCCAGAGUCGGCCACGACUGGACCUAAUGGUCAGGGGUCCCUUUACCUUUUUAAGAGGGCUCUGGCAGGACCAGGACAAAGGUCCAUACCAGUUCACAUCCUGUUUCCAGCACAGGUCAGUCAGGUGCUCCUGAGGCCAUUCUGUGUUGCUCAUCCUCAUCCUCAUCAUCUGCUUUUCUUUUUCUUUUCAGCACACCUGAAAUUAGUCGGUCGUAUUGCUAAAAACAGAGAUGCCCAAUAGGGUUUCUUCCAGAUGUUUCUGGAGAGCAGCUUCCAUCACCCUGACCCAUGCUGGCCAGAAUGAGGGUGCCGUCUCGCUGCAAACCCCAUUCUCGUUUUUUCUCUGUUCGGACCACCCACUCUUUUGUUAUCUUAUUGUUUUCUUAUCGCCACCUCCUUAACCCUGCCGAUGGUUCUUCAAAUUACUGCUCCUGCUUUAUCUACGCAGCACUUUGAAUUUUGCAAAGUGCGCUUUGACCCUUCACAUAUUUCUUCUUCACCCUGAACAGCAAAUUGCUUUCACACCCAUUCUACAGACAGGAAACUGAGGCUGUGAAAUAACAUAUUGUCCAAAGCCAAAGACCCUGUCUACUGAAGGGGUGAGCCUCACAUUACCAAUCACUUUCUCUCUAUUUUUCAAGGAAGCUUGGCCAAAAGGUCCCUAAUUUCCGGAAAUGCCCUCUUUGCCCAGACAGGAAAGGAUAGUAACAUUCUGCCAAUGUCUACAUAGACUUGCCUUCUGUUGCUUGUGACUUGAGAUGGGUAUUAGGAAAAAACACCCUACGUUUACACCCAGAGCAUGGGCGCUGCUCUGGCAGUGGCCAGGUGAAAAAAUAUAUAAUAUAAGGUCAGUUCUGAUUCCUACGUUUCAGGGGGUUGGGCUAGAUGGCCUCUGAGGUCCCUCCUGGCUCUGUGGUUCUAUGAUUCUAAGAUGUUCUCAUCUCUGCAAUAAGACAAAACACAAAAACCUUGAUGCUGGAGAGGGGAGGUGCUCCCAAGAUCACACAUGGGUUUAUAGGGGGGGUUGGUUAUACUUUUGGGAUCUAAUCUGUACUUUCUGUAUGUAUCAGUAUUAAAAAAAAAUGUACCCUGAAAUAAAGCAGAUGUGGAUUCUUUUCCUGAA